GCCUCUAAAUUAAAUGUAUUAUUAUUAUUAUUAUUACCAUUCCGUCUUUCAUCAGAGUUGAGGAGACGCUGUCACAGAGAACCUGUCAGUGUGGACCCUACAUGUUGUAACCGUGUUUUCAUUUGUCUCCCCAAGAGAUAACUCUUUGUUCUGUGUGUACGUUUCAGCUAUGUCUGGCGAUGGAUCCAGUGGACAGGUGGAGCUGCUCCAAGAUGCUUGGACACCCCUACUUCACGGCUGAUCAUUUCCACGAGAGCUUCAGCAAGGAGCUCAAGGAGAUGGUCGACCAGGAUCAGUCCGCUGCCCUCAUGGUCGAUCCGGAUCAGUCCGCUGCCCUCAUGGUCGAUCAGGAUCAGUCCGCUGCCCUCAUGGUCGACCCGGAUCAGUCCGCUGCCCUCAUGGUCGAUCCGGAUCAGUCUGACGCCCUCAUGGUCGAUCCGGAUCAGUCCGCUGCCCUCAUGGUCGAUCCGGAUCAGUCCGCUGCCCUCAUGGUCGACCAGGAUCAGUCCGCUGCCCUCAUGGUCGAUCCGGAUCAGUCCGCUGCCCUCAUGGUCGAUCCGGAUCAUCCUCAGAACCCAGGGUCUCUACCGGACCUGUCCUCAGCUACCCAACAGCCACCAUCAGGAAUGCCAGUGGAGGAAGAGCGCUGCAGUCCUGAUGUGAAGAACGCCUGGGAUGGCGAUGACGAGGACACGGGGAUGGGCGGAUGCUUCCCUUGGACUCGGCGGAAGGACAAGAAGGAGAAACCCAAGGGGAAGGGGAUAAGAAACAUUCUCAGAAGCGCCGUCGGAGCAUUCCGGCGCCAGUUCCUCUCCAGAGUCGCCCCGAUGGUGUAG